AGUCAAUCAGCUCCGUUACACUCUGUACUUACAUUAUAAACUCUUAUCACAGAAGUAAGACACAUACACACACACACACACACACAAACAUAUAUACAAAUCCAGUCGACUUAUAAACAAUAUGUUUCUGUCGUACGCCACCGUGGCCGUCUUUGCUUACGCGAUUCUGUUGAAUAUCUUCCACUUGUACUCGCCCGUCGAAUCAGCCGGAGUUGGCGAGAUUUACAAGCUAUGCGAGGAUUGUUUGGUUUCGGAAUGCCACGCUAGUGGGAGGCCGUGCAUAACCAGAUACGACAACGAAUGCACGAAGGGCUGCGAGGACAAGACGAUGGAGUGCGUUUGUGACGGAUCGUGUUACAUGUGCGUACAAAAGGACGCCGAUAAGAGUCAGUUUUUGGAAUGCAUGGUUCCAGAUAAUCCGGAGGAACCAACUUGCGUGUAAAUUCCAUAUGACUCCGUCAGCACGCCCGCCACGAGUUUAUAAUUACAAUAAUAUUAUGAUAUAAUAUAAUAUACAAUUAUUAUAUUUUGCUCUUAAAAAGAAUUAUAACACAUUAGGUACAUAAUAGUAUUAUUAUGUAUUUUAUAAAUAUUUGUUUCAUAUCAUCGCCGUGAGGUAUUUGAUAUAUUUUACGGUUUUACUUCGCACUUUGUCGUGCAUAAUAUUAUAAUAUUAUUCUGUGGCACUGUGGCGGUGGUAUGCAAACUAUUUUUAAAAAUAAACCCUCCCGAUUAGUAAAAUUCUAAAUAUUAAAUAGGCAUUAAUGUCAUCCGUUUCCUCAAAGUGUGUUCCCCUAGCAAUAAAGGAAACAAUGAAAAUACAAAAAUUCUGUAAACUA